AGUUGAGAUGUGACGGAGUGCGGUUUUAUGGACGGGUAUUGUGCUGGAAAAACAAGAGAUUCGUGUGAAAAUUGUGGAAAAGUGAAGCUGAAGUGUGCCCAGUAGUGUGCAAAGGUGAACAAUUUGGGUGUUUGUGCAGAGGGAGUGUGCGAAAAGCCGCAAUUUCCAGCCGCUGUAUCGAUUUUUCCAUCCACUUUGCCACUUUUCAGUCUACGGCGUAUACAGGGUGGUACUCAGGAGGCCACCCGGGAGGUUUUUCCCCAUUUUCUCCACGGAUGCCCAGCAUCUGCCGCGGAACAGCGCUGGAAUCAAGUGCCAAAGCAAAAGUGACGAAAAGACUUCUGAAGAAAUGCCACACAAUUCCAGACGGAGGAGCAAUUGAGUGUCCUUGAGUAGAGAUGGAAUAUUAGGGAAUUUUCUGGUAGAAGAAGAAUCACAGAUCAAAACAGUUUUCCAUAUGGAUAUUACUGUGACGAGUGGAUAAACACAGAAAAGCAUCAUUGAGCGAAGAGAGUGCGCUUUGGCGGCGGGAGAGGCGGAUUCGUUGUGUGUUCGGUGGUGGUGAAAUGGAGAAAGGGAUAAAUCCGGCGUCGGGACCAAAAGUCUCGCAGAUUGCCAAUAUAUUUCAGCGUAAGCCAAUUGAAGUGUCAGCACAGAUGGAAGAUCCCAAAGAGACACAGACUUCGGUGUCAGUGGUGAGGACUGAAUCGCAUGCGGCGCGUUUCAACAAUGCUCGGGCGCUCUUUGAGAAAUUGGGCGUGGAGAAUCGCGUUCCGCGGCCGGCGUUUUCAGUGAAAAUGAGUAACUCGGGCAGUCGAGAGGAGAAUCUCAAUGAGAUGAGCCCCGAGAGGACACGUGGAUUCCCCACGGCGGCCACAUGUGGCAGUGGCACAAUAACCAAUGGUGUGUCGAAGAUUGACACGACGAAGAUUCACAAUGUGAGUCGAUUGAAGAGUGCGGAGAAGCCGGAGAAGCCUGAGAAGCCGGAGAGGAAGUUCAAUUCGCGCGAAUUGAUUGAGAAGCAGAAGAAUUGGACAUCGCAUUUCUCAAAGACGCGAACAACACGCUACAAUAGUGAUCCGAAUCGAUGUGAUAUCAUCCGGACGGUGCCUGGCACAGGACUAAUCUCGGCGGAGGUGCUCAAGGAGUCGCCCAAGGCGAAUCCCAGCCCCUAUCCGGACAUCAAGCCACGCUUCACGCGUCCCACUUCUGUCAGCAGUCCAACGCGCUGUCCGUCGAUUGGACAGAUGUACAAGAGUCCGCCGUCAUCGCCGGGCGCUGGGCAGAUGGCAAGUUCUAGUCCUGCCAGAUCAAAGAUCAAGGAUGACAUUCCGGAGAAGCGACGCAAGAAGUCAACGGAUCUGCUGAUUGAGCCGCCGCCAGAGCCGGACCAAGCCAUGAGCAUGAGCAAUGAGUCUGACGUGGUGUCACCAGCCUGUGGGCUCAGCUCUACCUCCAGUCCGCUGGCCAGUGCAUCGUCCGGGCCCACCAGCCCCAUUCACACGGAGGACGAGAAGCAGGAGAAUGAGUCGAAUGAGAAGUUAGACAAAUUGGAUGCAGGAAAAUCCCUUCGCGAUGAUCAUGCAGAGGAUUCAGCGCAGAAGCAAUUGAAGGGUGUCACAAGUAUUUGUCUCAAUAUUCCCGGUGUGCGUUCUUCGAGUAUUUCCACGGUUUCCGGAUCGACUGACGAGGGUGGCUUCAAUGAGCCCUCGCCGGAAAUCAAGGCGCCUCUGAAGCCACCAUAUGAUUUCGAUUUGCCAGUCGACUUGCCACCGGAACCGCCAGCAUCACUGCGAGAUUCCUCGUCCCUCGACUCGAGCUCGCCGCACGAACUGCACUACGUAGAUGUGGGCUAUCGCCUCAAUCCGGAUGGCAGCGAGGGCGAUGAUUACAAGGAGAAUGACUACUACAGUGGCCAAAUGUCACAGGGACGCGGCAUUCCUCCACCACUGCCCUUUCCGCCGCCCAUGGAGAUUGAAGGCAGCAAAGUGGUGUACGCCACCAUCAAGCCCGAGUUGCCUCCGCCGAAUGAACUAUUCGCCGACAGCAAGUCCAAUUCGCUGGAGGAGGAUGUGCAAUCGCCGGUGAGCGGAAGCACGGACUAUCACACGCCACAGAGUAUUCUCGAUCCCACGCGACCAACGCUGAUUGGCGGCGCGGCACCCGAGGCGAAUGGGGUGAUUGAGGAUCCAGAGGUGUUCUUGAGUCAGAAACCACUGCCGCCGCCACCGUCCCCGCCCAUGUCCGACGGCCCACCGUUGGAUGUGCAGGACGUGAAGUUUGCCGAUGCCAGCGACAGUGACCAUGAAAAUAUCCCAGAUGCAAUGACGGCCGACGAGGCGGAAAGACUCUUGAGUUCCAGGAUUUUGGAGAGUAAAAUUCGAGAACAAUCAAUACUGUCAGAUGAGCAGGCGAAAGAGGUGGAAGCGCUCCUCUCAGUCAAAUCCCAGCCACCGCAGGAGGUGGAAGCGCUGAAGACGGUGCCAGAGGUUCCUGUGAAUGGCCUCAAUGGGAAUCACGCGGAGGGCGAUCCGCUGAAUGAGUCACUCGUCUCAGUGGAAUCCAUGCAGAGUGCCACUGAAACGGCCACCAAUAAGGUGACAUCUAGUCAUUUGGAUGAUGAGUCCGCGGCUGGAUCGGUCAUAUCGCUGGCCGAGGGCGAGGCGGACGUGUCGGCGGAUGAGAGUCACGACUCGUACGUGCCAGAAUAUCCGCCUGUGAAGGCGAAGGAAGUGUAUGUGGAGGCUGGAGUGCAUUACUUUGAGGAUGGGAACUUCUGGAUGGAGGUUCCGGGCCUGCUGGAGUCUGACGAUGAGGAUGACGAGCUUGAGUAUCCGGCCUACACGAAGCGCAAUUCCAAAGUGAAAUUCAGCACGGGACCGAUUCAGGUUUUCUCCACCUAUUCGGUCAAUGACUACGAUCGCCGCAAUGAGGACGUGGAUCCGGUGGCGGCGUCGGCGGAGUAUGAGCUGGAGAAGCGCGUGGAGAAGAUGGACGUAUUCCCGGUGGAACUGAUGAAGGGUCCCGAGGGUUUGGGCCUCAGUAUUAUUGGCAUGGGCGUGGGCGCGGACGCCGGACUGGAGAAGUUGGGCAUAUUUGUGAAGACAAUCACAGAUAAUGGUGCUGCGGCGCGUGAUGGACGCAUUCAGGUCAAUGAUCAAAUUAUCGAGGUGGACGGGAAGAGUUUGGUCGGUGUGACUCAGGCCUAUGCGGCGUCGGUGUUGCGAAACACUUCCGGAUUGGUAAAGUUCUCCAUUGGGCGCGAGAGGGAUCCGCAGAACUCCGAGGUGGCGCAGCUGAUCCGGCAGAGUCUCCAGGCGGACAAGGAGAAGGAGGAGAGGCUAAAAGUGAAGCAGCAGCAAGAUGAUAAGUUUAGACGAGUGUCUGAACACUCUGAUGACUCAACACUUCCGGCUUCGGCUAAUUCGAGUGUGUGUGAAGGACCAAUGAGUCCAACGGCUGCCAUGGAGUCGCUCUUCGAUGCAGAAGCAACGCAUUCGCAGGAGGUGGAAUCCCUAAAGAGGCUUCUUCAAGAGAGCCAAUUGAAGUAUUUCAGUAUUGAAAGAGAACUUAUGGUCACUAGAGAAAAGCUCAUUAAGUUGGAAUCUACGGGAAGUGAGACGGAAUUGCUGAAUGAAAGACUGAGACAGACGGAGCAGGAGUUGGUGAAUGCCAAGAAGGAGUCGACAAACUAUCAGAGCAUGCUUCAACAGUCUCAGGCACAAUACUCUGUCCUGGAUAAAAAAUACAUGAAGGCUAAGAGAAUUGUUCGGGAGUUCAAGCAGAGGGAGAUUGAGUUGAUCCACCGAGAGGAGUUCUAUCUGCAGUGCCUGCAGGAGAAGGACACGGAAUACAAUGCUCUGGUGAAGAAGCUGAAGGACCGUGUGAUAUCUUUAGAGCAGGAGCUGGAGACCACACAGAGGAAGGCGGGCUUCCCCGUCUUUUUGCCCUACGAAAGUGCAAGUCUUAAGUUAACACCACAAAUGUCUCGAAAGCAACCGCCAAAGCCGCUCUUUCCCAAAUUGGACACAGAGCUGUCUGACACGGAGAUCUCAGAUGUGUCGAUUGAGGGCGAGGGCGAGAAGACUGCCACGGUGGAGAGGAAGUUGCCGCUGAAGGAUGAGUUGGACACGGCAAUUCCGCAGCACGAACUGCUGGAUAAUUCGGCGAACAAGUGCAAGAGCGGAUUAGGUGAGAGAACAGCCAACAAGAGCUAUCUGCAUGUGUUAAAUUCUUCCUCUUCGCGAGGGGGGCUUUCGAAGCGCCAAUUGCCGUCAGGUAAGAAGAGCCUGAGCAGCAGCAGUUCCGAUUGCGCUCUCGACGAGACGACGGACGAGGAGGAGCGCACACAGUCCACUUCGGUGUCCCAGUCGGAUGCCUCGCCGCUGGUUGUGGAGGAGAAUCCCGUUGUGAGUCACUAUGCCGCGACGAAUCUCAUCUACCAGGAGAUUCCUGCCGUUCCGCCACCACCGCCGCCGGUCUCUCUGUCGCCCUCGCCACCCACGACUUCGUCCACGCCGACGACCGUCUUGACGCCGAAUCUGGCGCCCGUGGCGAUCGCCGAGUUGCAAUCGUCGCCCCUGUACGCCCAGGUGCAGAAGGACAGGAGUUCAACGGCGCACACCACGUCUGUUAGCACAUUCAAGCCGAGCGGGAGUGUCUUUGAGUCUUCCGUGUCGCAUGCCAGUGAGCUCAGCAGUUCGUACGACAGCAUCCUGGGCGGAUCAAGCGAGAAGCUGAGCGACAGUGGAAACGCAUCGGACAGCUGGAUGUAUCCGGUGCGACGCAAGGGUCUCCGGCCGCCGUCCUCCUUCACUGAGCAGCUCAAUCAAGUGCUAACAAAACGCGAAAGUAGACGAGGUGGAAGCGAUAAUUCGUCGAGAGAAUCUUGUGAUAAUUAUGCAGAAAUAAGUCGACCACAAAAUCCCACGGCGAUUUUAACACAGAAUUUGCUCGUUGAAAUACGACAGGCGGUCAAUGAGGCACAGCCAAGAGUGAAAAACAUCUUCCCGAAGACUCUCUCUCCGCCCGGAACUGUGCCGUGGCAGCAACAGCAGGGACCACCGUCACCGUCCAGCAUCAGCUCGGGAUCGACGUCUCCGGGCGCGCACUCGCCCAAUCGGACGCUCGAUCUCAGCGGCUCCAGUGGCAGUUUCUCCAGCCUGCAGAAGAGCAAGGCGUCGCACAACUGGCAAAAUGGACCAGUUCACCAGUGGUCAAGGGAGCAAGUUUGCCAGUGGCUGAUGGCUCUGGGACUGGAGCAUCACACAGAGAAGUUCAUUGAGUGUGGUGUUGAGGGCGGCGCUUUGCUGCAGUUGGAUUCGCGUGACUUCAAGAUUCUCGGCGUCGCCGGCGAUGACAAGUCCAAGCUCAAGCGACACUUGAAGGUGCUGAAGAACAUGAUCGAGAAGGAGCGGAAGCAGCAGGAGAAGACGCGCAAGCAGCACGAGAAGCAGCUGCGCAAGGCGGAAAAGGAGGCGGCCGCGGCGGCCAACAAGAAGAAAUAAGAACGCGAAAGACUCAUUUCUAGUAUUGUAUAUGUAAUUUCUGACCCAUUUGUUGAUUUGUCUGUCUCUGCAUUUGAGGACUUUUUACACAAACCAUUUACAGAGUUGAGAGAAGAGUAUUAGUAAUUUUUAGGCAAUAAUUGUCUCUUGGCCGAUAUUUGUUGGCCGAUUUUAAUUAAAUAUAAUUAUUCAAUGUAGUUUCACAAAAUGUCACUGACCGGUAAAAUGGCAGAAUUUUAGGAGAGCAUAAAACAAUGGGUAAUGAAAAAUGUAAACGUUACAAUUUAUGAACAAUGAACUGUGUCAAAUUUUAUGAUAAACAAAUUUAUUCUAACUUUUACGAGAACAGAAGGAAUAGAAGGGUGGAUUAUAACAAGAAAAAAAUACUACAAUUAUAAAUAUUUAAUCUAUGUGAAAAAAUACCGAUGAUAAUCUUAUUAGAGAAAAAAGAAAAAAAAACAUAACUACAGAAUUAAAAAAAAAUGAUCAAUCGAGGAGAUAAAUUUUUAUUUACAAAAAUUUACAUUCCCGUAUUUAUUUAAUUUAUACGUUAACAAAUUAAUUUAUAGUUGGUAGUGUUAGUUUUCCAGUAUAAUAAUGAUAAAUGCGCGGAUAGCAGGCAAUUGUGUAAAUUUUGUGAUUAUUUAAAUAUCCUUUUUAGUAGGGCAAAUUGAGUGAGAUUUUCGAAACUCUAAAUAGUUGUUUUCCCUCCUCUUCCUUUUACAAAUUCACAAUUAAAUUAUUACAUAAAAUGCAUUUUAGCAAGGCUUAGAGAAGUAUUUUAAAUUUUAACCUAUGAGAUUAUGUGUAAUCCUAUUGUCGAAUGGCGAGAAGAGUUGAGAAAACAUUUUUGAAUGCAAACGAUACGCAGUGAGAGUAUGAUUUUUUUACAUUAAAAACAAAUUGUAGUUGAGAUUGAUUAAUAUUAUAAAAUGACGAGAGACAGAGAGAGAGAGAGAGAGAGAGAGAGA